AUGUUAUGGACCCUGUUCAUGAAAUUCCUCCUCGUAAGCUCCCUCAUCGCCUGGUGGCUCAAGCGACCGAAUAGCCGUUUCCAAAAGUUCGUUCUGGCCGCCGCCAGCCUUGCAACAUUCUGGGUUAUCGCUCCCAUUUACGCACAACUUUGUCUCGCUUGGUCCGUACACUACACCCGUGAGGGUAUUCGUUAUUGGAGUCUGGAUGAGUUGCUUGUGCGGCAUGCCAGUAUGCUGGUGACUCUCGCCGCAGUCAUUUGCAUCCUUGGAGUGGACGUUCCCGAGGCCCCCGAUGUAUCUUUGGCCGGAAUUCGACCCGACGCGGCGACUCUCAACUGGACGCGACCAACACACAACCGACCCGUGCAGAAAUUCCUGAUUCAGGUCAAUGGCGUAAAUGUUGGCGAAUCGAGGCAGGAGGAGACGGCUAUUACUGUUACGGGUUUGAGGCCCAAUCACUGCUAUAACAUACGUGUCAUUGCCGUUGGACCGAAUAAUUUCCAGGCUGGUAGCCAGGUUAUAAGACUGCGUACCUAUCGAUCUGAUGGACGGCCAGAACUGGGCAAUUCGAGACUACCCGACAGUUUCCAAGAUCAAGAUCCGCGACCAGGACAAACUCCGUGCAUCGAAGAUAAUGGCAAUCGUAGCCAGGUGCCCACCAUCGAAGCAGCACCGUCUCUCGAAGGCGGAUCCGCCGCUGCACGAGAUAGCACUUCCGGCCAGAGACGCAACACUGUCAAUCGCAGGCACUCCCCGUCCAUAGCAAGUCAGGAGCAGCCGUCAAUCAAGGAUUUUUCUAGCGACAACCCUGAGGCGUCGCUCAAGGAACUAGCCGACACCUUGGAACGGUCGAGGAAGGAGUUUGUGGAGACAGCAUCCUUACAUGCAUCCGAAGAAAGCGAGUUCAGACAGCUCGAAGAGCGGUUGAAAAAGGAAAAGGAGGAGAAAAAGAAGAUUCAGAAAGAGAAGGACGAUAACACCGCGCAGUUGAGGCAAAAGGUCAAGUCUACCGGCGAACAGAUGAGACAGGCCACCAAGGAGAAGGCGCGGAAGGAGAACCUGUUGAAGGAGAAGCAAGAAAAGCGCAAGAAGGCGAUGGAUAACAUUGAGAAAUGUAUCGCUGAAGCCAAAACUAUGCGCAAAACUCGCGACGGGUUUGCAUCGGAAAAGGAAAGUCUUGCGCAGAGCCGCGAUCUCAAGAUCAAGCACUUGGAUGAAGAAAACUCUGCCUUGCAAGACGAGUAUUCCCAACUCGAGACCGAAUACAAGGAAAAGAAGGAACAACUGAAAGAGCUUGAGGAUGCACGCAGGAAGCUGCCUGGUGGCGAGGAAGACGACACUUGGCGAGAGGACGACCGGAAAAUGAAGAGAGAUUUCGAGAUGAAGCGCCGAGAACUUCAGAGUCAACUCAUCAUGGAGAAUAGGAAGGCUCAACAGUUUGAGGGUCACAUCCACGUCCUACAUGCCCAAGUAUACGCCCAGAACCAACAGAGCAUGCAGUUCUACAAUCAGGCGAAUUCUUCCGGCGUCGAAUUCGACCCGAACGCCUCGGCACAAAUUAAGCGUCGAAGCCGCACCGGCAAUGCUCUUCCCAACGCCGUCGCAUCGCCCACGGGUCCUUUCUCAGCCUCGGAUUCUCCCUUCGACCCUCCAAUCGGGUUCACCAGUCGAGCCCCAUUCUCACAUUUCUUGGACAUGCCCGGGGGCGACGCCUUUGGGAGCGACCAGUUCUCCGAUGCUGAUAUUAGGGCUCUCACAGGGAACGCGCCACUCAGUCCUACGGCGGCUGCUCUCCUGCCUUCUGGCAUCUUGGGUGACGACGAACCUAGCAGCCCCGACUCUCUCUCUCGCAGAAGCCCGUUUAUUCCCGGUUAUGAGGAUGACGCUCAGUCGCCAGGAUCAUCCAGACGCUCGAAUAGUGUUCCCUCUAGCCCCCCUGGAUCAUCGCAUGUCACCGCUUUCCCACCCUUUGUACCUGACAACGGUGAUCCCGCGUCCCUCAAAGACAUCACGUCCUCUCCCGGGGGACAGCCAUCGCCAGCUGCAAAUGGACACCGAUUCACGGAUUUGAUUCAUUGGCACAGAACUAAAGGCUCUAAAGCUGCUGAUGACGGUGGUCCAAUGUUGGGCAGCCUAAAGCACGGCCAGAGUCAGUCCUUUCCUCGACAGACCGAUGAUCUGGAUGGUGCCAAUCGACGCCGAACCAGCUUCUCGUCGUACACCCAGAACCGGAACUCUGCUGGACCUGACACUCUUGAGGCGGCGAGUGCAUCGAACCUGGGACGCAGCAUGUUUUCAUCGGCUCGCAGGUUGAUACCAUGGAAUUCGUACACGGACCGAGAUCCAAGCAGCCCCAGACCGGCUUCCAUGGCCUCUGCGGACUUGCCACGACCGUCCACCGACAGCGGAUCCAUAUGGAAUCAUCCAGCUGAUCGAGGAAACCGACUUUGGUCACCAGCUGAUGGGCGUUGGGCGUCACGGACUCCAUCCAGACGACCUUCCCUUCACGGCUCGCCAGCGGCUCUCAAAACGACACUGGCGUCAGCCGAGGACGAAAUCCUGGAUCACGAAGCCUUGAACGAUCCCCAAGUCUCGCCAAGUCAGGUUGGCGUCAUUGGCAGCCGACCACCAGCCAGCAAACAGAACUCGGACACCAAAUCCUUGCUGAGCAAGAGCUUGAACCCAGCAGCGCCGACCUUCUCUAUUGGGGGGCUAUUCCGCAGUAAGGAUAAAGAAAGUGACUCGGGCAAAGAGAAGGACAAGUCAAAGUCGAAGGAUAAAGCCAAGGACAAAGCCAAAGACAAGGACGCAAAGGAGAAAGGCAAGACGAGGGAUGUUUCCACGCCCAGCCUAGACCUGCCGCAAGGCUACGAUGCCUCUCCGACAGAGUCCAGAAAGUCCCGCGAUGCCUUCUCUGUUCACACACAAGCGUCGGUCACUGAAUCUCGGGAGUCUUUGACACUUGAUAGGGCAGUGUCCAACACGCUUUCUGACUCCAACAUCAAGGACCAGGAGAACGCCUACAGAAAGCUCUUCAGGAAAGGCAGUUCCAGCAAGUUCAGUCUUUCGUCUCGUCUAAGCAAGGACUCGGGUCUCUUUAAGAAAGGACCUGGGAGCACCACGAACUCGGACAAGAACUUGUCUGCGGAUCGAUCCAGCUUUGGUGACAUUGACGACUUUGGCGAGGAGGGUUUACUUGGACGAAGCUAUGAAAGCGUCACCAGCAGCCCGUCCGCAGGCCCGGCCAAAUCCAGAGACGCCAAGGAAAGCAGAAUUUCUGGCUGGAGCAGCAAGUUUUCUAUGAAGAAGAAAGGCAAGGAUAACCGAGAAAGCCUUGAGUUCCACCAGGCUACCCCUGAGGGUGAGGUCGAGGGAGAAGACAAGAAAGAUGAGUGA